UGUGUAAAAACUAGAAGAAAAUAAAUAGAGAAAAGCCGGCUUUAAGAAUCGAAAUGUGUUGUAGAGUUUGAGGGUGAAAUAUUACGUAGCUUAGCAUCAUUGGUUGUGAUCAAACUUGUGUGUAGAACUAGAGGGAAUAAAUACAGCUCCUGUCUUGAUAUUGGAUUACCAUUGAAUCGCAGAGAUGGGGUCUUUUAUGGGGCAUGCUGUACCGGGGACAUUAUUCCUGUUGAUUGGUGUAUGGCGCGUAUGGUGCUCUUUGGUGAGGCAGGUGUUGAAUCCCAAGUUUUUUCAGGUCAGAGUUUGGAAUCCGGUUCCUGGUUACAAUGGAAAACUGAAAUAUUUGGAGUUGUAUGUUAUAUCUGCCGGGGCUUUUCUUGAUAUGUGUAUAGAGCUUUUAUAUUCACCUCACUUCAAUUACUUUGUUGAUGGAGUAUUGAACCCAACUCACAUGAAUGAUUUUGAACAUGGUGGAAUGCUUCUCAUGUUCUUCGUCUAUGGUGUUGUCAUGUUGCUGUCUGAGAAAACCAGCUUGUUUCCCUUGCCAGAUGGAGCUUUAUGCUUUGUCGCUGCCACAGCAUUUUGUGCUGAGUUCUUACUAUUCUUCUUUCACUCGACUACACAUAGAGGGCUAGAGGGCCAUUACCAUCUCAUCCUCGUCCUCCUUGUAGCGCUGUGCAUAUUUUCUGUAAUUGCAGGAGCCCUUGUGCCAAACAACUUUGCUCUAGCAUUGUACGCUGCACCUCACUAUCACCGUUGCCUCUAUCAGAUUCCAUUCGAGCAGACCCGAUACUGUCGAUCUCAUCCAUAA